GUGUCCAAAGAAACCUUUCUAAGCUUGUUUAGCUUUUACUUUGGGCUCAGUGUUGGAGUUGCUUGGUCUUCUACGGCUGGAAAGGAUGGAACCAGCUUUGUGGGUUGGGAAAGACCUAUUUCACUCUCCCAACGUCUUCAUGAAGUACUUUCAGUCUUUGAAACAUUAAAAACUGUAAUCAUAGCCUUCUUGGUUUACUGGAGAUUUCUUUGCUUGUGAUGGGUUGUGAGUAAGCUCCACUAUGAGGUCAUUUAAGUAUCACACAAUAUUUGAUGAGGUAAAUAUAAAAAUCCUUUUAAUAUGAAUUAAAUUUUUUUUUGCUGGUUCAAGAAAUGGGGUUGACUAGGGUCUGAAUUUCCUAGUCUAUUUCCCUGUUGCCAAUGCUAAUUUUUUUUUCUGAAAGUGUUCUGUGAUAUUGAUGGGCCUAAGUUUAAAUAGUAAAUUUAGAUUUUUGAAAUGGCUUAGUUUGGAAACAUGCUGUUGAGGUUCUGGUUGCUUGCCUGUGUUGUAAGCAAUGGAAGUUUGGGAAAUCACCAGUCUAGGGUGUCUUACCAGAUCAAAAUGGCACUCGAGAUAGGCAGGCAACAAGCAGUUGGUGGCUUACUGAUUCUGGGUUGGUGCUGCCAUGGAGGUAAGAGAAGCAGAAAAGAAAUUUCUAUGGUGAGGGAUCUUUGUGAUCUAGGAGAUGUGGUGAGAGAUCAAAUUUAGGAAGCAAGUGAUAAAUGGCCUGGCAUGGGUUUUAAGGAGUCAGGGGAGUUCUAAGAAAGGACUUUGUGGGUAAAUUGGACAAGCCAGGGGCAGAGUGGCCCUGGAAGGGUGUGAGGUUGGAGUGGCUGGGGAGGGAGACAGUUGGUUCAGACUGGGGGGACGGUGUGGGAAGCACACAGAUUGUGACUUAGGGACCAUGAGGCCAGAGGAAGACCCUAGUACCAAAAUGGAAGAAUAUUCAUGUUUCACAGAGCAGGAAAUGAGAUGAGAAAGUUGAGGAGAGCCGACUCUGUUUGCCGGGGUCCUCGUCUGCUGAUGCGCCAUUGGGUUCUUCUUGGUCCGUGCUCACAGCACCAGGUGUCUUCCAUUCCAGAGGAUGUUUGAUGAGAGUCGCCCCUUGUGCUGUGCUGCUUUCUGUAUUCCCACAUCCACCUGUGGUCCCUCUCUGUCCCGUGCUCUCUUCCUCUGGAACAUGUUUAUGUGGAGACCGGUUUAUGUGUCUGCGGUACCUGUCAGUCCUCCACUGCCAGUAUCUACAUGUUGAGUUUGUUUAACCAUCUGCUCAUGGCAGUGACCUUUCUCAGCAGGAUGGGCUGGCCCAAGGCUCAUAGGCAAAUCUUUAAAGGUUAAAGCCAGUCCAGAGCCACCACAGAUGAUGUCUUAACUCCCCUUCUGUGUCUGAAGGAGAUGAUGUGGAUGCCCUGCUGGUCUCUUCCUGGAGGCUGUGACAUUUCAAGGGUCCUGAAUCCUGUUCCUGAAGCAGUUGGAAUCUGCCAGAAACCCAAGCUACUGAGAGCACACUCAGCCAUCUCCCCCACCUCUUGGAGUGGAAGACGAUUGAGAGUUGGUUGAAAACUUCUGCUUUACCCCAGACCAGACGUGGAAGCUUUUCAAAGUACAUAGCACAUUUCCAGAGGACAAUUGGAGGAAGUACCUCUGCGGGACGGACCCUGGUUUCAUUCUCCUUGUUGAAUGGCAUUGGCCCCUGCAGCCCAUUGAGAGCUCCUUUCCCUGUGAUUCUGCCCUUGACAGAAGGACUCUGGGCACGGAAGAUGCUGAGCUCCAUUAAGUGUGUGCUGGUGGGUGACUCUGCUGUGGGGAAAACCUCCCUCCUGGUGCGUUUCACUUCUGAGACCUUCCCUGAAGCCUACAAGCCAACAGUAUAUGAGAACACAGGUGUGGACGUCUUCAUGGAUGGCAUCCAGAUCAGCCUGGGCCUGUGGGACACAGCUGGCAAUGAUGCCUUCCGGAGCAUUCGCCCCCUGUCCUACCAGCAGGCAGAUGUGGUGCUCAUGUGCUACUCUGUGGCCAACCACAACUCAUUCCUGAACUUGAAGAACAAGUGGAUCGGGGAAAUCAGGAGCAACCUGCCCUGUACCCCAGUGCUGGUGGUGGCCACGCAGACUGACCAGCGGGAGAUGGGGCCCCACAGGGCCGCCUGCAUCAACGCUAUUGAAGGGAAGAGACUAGCCCAGGAUGUGAAGGCCAAGGGCUACCUGGAGUGCUCAGCCCUUAGCAACCGGGGAGUCCAGCAGGUAUUUGAGUGUGCCGUCCGAACUGCAGUCAACCAGGCCAGGAGACGGAAUAGGCGAAGGCUGUUCUCCAUUAAUGAGUGCAAGAUCUUCUAACCUGCCCCACCUCCCCCACCCCCUGAGAUUUCACUUGCCGCUCACACACUCACCCCAGUACUGAUGGGGAGAAGGAGAGCUGGCACACCUGCAAGGGCUGAGUCUCUUCCCAGAUACAUCCCAGGCGCCUUACCUUUUGGACUCUUAUCUGUAAGACUUGACCACUGGCUGAUGUUCUGCACUCCACAAAUGGACUCCUUACCCCAUGUUCAACUAAAAAUUCCUUGGGAAACUGUAAUGAGCCUUUCCUUUUUAAUUAAAAAAAAAAACCCAAAUAAUCCUUGUCAUUUUGGAAAUGAAGUGAGUUUUUAAAAAUAUUCCACAUUCAGAGAUACAUUUCAUUUAAAUAAGAACAAUACAGAUCUCUUUGGUGUAUAAUUAGUGUUCACACUUAGAAAGCUUUUCCUGCUUACUUGCCAGCACCAACUGCUGAAGGGGUAAAAUGACCUCUCAGAGUUUUGCCUUGUGUUUGUGUUUUUGCUCAAAGCAGUAAUUUUGUUGAAAAUACUUGGCUGGUGGAUUUUUCUAGGUCAUGAAAUUUUAAAAUGACCAUAAAUUGGUCCCUGAAAUUAAUUUUCCACCUGUCUGUUAUUUAGAGUUUAUAAAUGGAAAACAGCUCCAUAUGUAAAAUAAUUUAGUGAUACCUUAUGAUUUUUACAUUACCACUAGUUCUGUGAAUUAAGGAAAAGUAGUUCUUAUUUAUGCCAUUCCGUUUCACUCAGGACAUAAGGAAACCAAUUUUCUCAGUUUUCCAAUAUGAUCAAUUCUUUGUAACAAUAAUCAAUGUAAAAAAUCAAGUUUGUGCUCAUCGCUACACUGCUUUCUUCUCCUCUCUCUUCUGCAUCCAGUAAAAGGCCUGGGACCCACAUCUCAGUCUCUGGGGAGAGGAUUGCUUCAGCUCUGUGUCGUUGACACAUGUGCCAUCACCCAGACAUCUGAGCCCUUUAGUUUUAAA